AAGAAAGCAGUUGGCGAACCAUGCCUCGUCCGCAAGAAGACCGAAAGCAAAAUCAAAAACCAGCUAAGGUUGCGAAGGCUGGGAAAGAGGGCAAGGGGAAGGCGGGAAAAGAUGGACUGCGAGCAAGGGGGGGGAAGGGGAAGAUCGUGAAGGGUUCGACUUUUUUAUUGGCUAGUUCUCCUGUCGAACCAGACGAGGACUACGAGGAUGAGGAGUUUGUUCCUACUGCCUUAGAAGAGACAGAGGAAGGAGCGGUUGAUAAUGCACCCGCUGAGGAAGAGCACGACCAGGACAACGACGAGGAGGAGGAGGAGGAGGAGGAGGAGGAGGAGAUGGAAGACGAAGAUGACCUAAAGGGGAUGGAGAGACUUGUUAAGGCUCUGGGGGAUGAUGGGCUGGAUGAGAUCGCUAAGAGGGAGCUUGGGGCUCUUGCUGAUGGGGAGGAGGACGAAGACGAGCUUGACGGGGAGGAGGAGGAUGAGGAUGACGAGGCGCCCGAGUUGGUGGAUGUCGAGCAAGACCAGGAUGAUGGCGAAGUGGAUGAGGAUGCGAAUGACAUGGAAGAAGAUGACGACGACGAUGAUGAUGAUGAAGAGGAAGAAGAAGAGGAGAUCGCGCUAGACGACGUCGACGGCGAAGUGGACGAGGACGCGGUCCCCAAGCAAAAGGUCACGAUCGACAACCAGCCAGCGAUGCGCCGGCUAAGAGAAACUAUCGAGCUCAAGGACAUGGACUGGACUGAGACGCUUGCUGUUACCUACCCGCAUAAGAUGGAGGAUGAGGUCAAGGACCCGGACGAUGACCUAGAUCGGGAGCUGCAAUUCUAUAAACAAGCACUAUGGGGCGUGGAGCACUCGCGUGACCUCGCGGUCAAGUUCAGUUUACCCUUUACACGGCCUAACGACUACUAUGCCGAGAUGGUGAAAAGUGAUGCGCACAUGGAGCGUGUCCGGUCCAAGCUGGUCGACGAGCGCGCGGGGAUCAAAAAGUCCGAAGAGAAAAAACGACAGCGAGAUCUGAAGAAGUUUGGGAAACAGGUGCAGGUCGAGAAGCUCAAAGAGCGCGAGAGGGAAAAGAAAGACGUUGGGGAGCGGUUGAAGAGUUUGAAAAGGAAGCGGAAGGGGGCGCUUGAUGGAGAUGGGGGGAUGGCUGAUGAGGAGUUUGAUAUCGCCCUGGAGGACGCGCUUGCUGAUCACCCGGCGAAGCGGGGGAGGGGGAGGGGUAAACCGGGGAUUAGCAGGGAGCAGAGGGAUAAUAAGUUCCGCCUUGGGGCUGGAGGGGGGAGGAGGAGCAAGCAGAAUACCCGGGAGAGCACGGACGAUUUUGGUGCGGGACGUGGGAGAGGCAGGGGGGGUAUGAGAGGUGGCAGAGGUGGCAGAGGGGGUGGCAGAGGUGGACGUGGUAGGGGCGGAAGUCAGAGACCUGGGAAGAGUCGCCGUGCUGCUAUGAGGUCGAAUUAG